GCUGUUUUAAAUGAUUUUUCUGAUAACACUCAGCUGGCUGAGCAUGAUGAGAGCUGUAGUUUAGACUAUCUCUAUCUAUAUGGGGAGAAGGCUGAAGGUUAUCCCUAGACUAGCAUAGCACAGCUGGCCCAAUGCAGGGACAGGAGCAGUCAGUAACAAUGUGACCUCCCAGCUGUCACAGCGCGUCACGUGACCUCGGCAGAGGAAGGACGGCGUUUUCCCGGCAUCCUCCCUGUCGUGACGCAAUCAGCGUGCGUCGGCGGACAGUGACAGAGGUGCAAGGUGACCGCUUGUUUGGAUCCCGGAGAGGUAAGUGUGCCGGGGGGGUUAGAGGUAGGUUAUUCGGGCUGAGCGACUUCAUAGGCGAACGGAAUGGUAAAUAACCCGGUCUGGUGUGAAUAGAGCGUGACCUGCAGCCAGGGCGGCCAUAGAGCAUUAUUCCAGCAAUAUCUCUUAUACAGGCAGGGCUGGGGGGAUAUUAUAAUAAUAAUAAUAAUAAUAUAAUAAUAUCUAACUGGUAUCCGAGCAGGGCUGGGGGAUAUUAUUAUAAUAAUAAUAAUAAUAAUAUAAUAUCUAACUGGUAUCCGAGCAGGGCUGGGGGAUAUUAUUAUAAUAAUAAUAAUAUAAUAUCUAACUGGUAUCCGAGCAGGGCUGGGGGACAUAAUAAUAUUAUAAUAUCUAACUGGUAUCCGAGCAGGGCUUGGGGGGAUUAUUAUUAAUAUUAUAAUAUCUAACUGGUAUCCAAGCAGGGCUGGAGGAUAUUAUUAUAAUAAUAAUAAUAUAAUAUCUAACUGGUAUCCGAGCAGGGCUGGGGGACAUAAUAAUAUUAUAAUAUCUAACUGGUAUCCGAGCAGGGCUGGGGGAUAUUAUUAUAAUAAUAAUAAUAUAAUAUCUAACUGGUAUCCGAGCAGGGCUGGGGGACAUAAUAAUAUUAUAAUAUCUAACUGGUAUCCGAGCAGGGCUGGGGGGGAUUAUUAUAAUAAUAAUAAUAUAAUAUCUAACUGGUAUCCGAGCAGGGCUGGGGGACAUAAUAAUAUUAUAAUAUCUAACUGGUAUCCGAGCAGGGCUUGGGGGGAUUAUUAUUAAUAUUAUAAUAUCUAACUGGUAUCCAAGCAGGGCUGGGGGACAUAAUAAUAAUAUAAUAUCUAACUGGUAUCCGAGCAGGGCUGUGGGGCUUAAUAAUAAUAAUAAUAAUGUCUAACUGGUAUCUGAGCAGGGCUGGGGCACUUAAUAAUAAUAAUAUUAUUAAGCCCCCCAGCCCUGCUCGGAUACCAGCUAGAUGAUAUUAUUAUUAUUACUAUUAUUAUCAUCAUCAUCUAACUGGUACCAGAGCAGGACUGGGGGACUUAUUAUAACUGCAAGGAUGAAAAGACCACAACCCCUCUCUCAGAAAAGCCAGUAUUUACACUUUAAGACAGCCGUUCUCUGAAACUGCUAUGUUUACAGCAGGCAGUAUUAAUCCAAGAUGAACCUGGCACCCAGACCACUUAAUUGAGCUGAAGUGGUCUGGGUGCCUAUAGUGGUCUUUUAAUAUAGAACAGGUAGGAAAUAUAUAAUCAUCCACGUGCGUUCUUUGGGGAGCAGUAUGGCAGAAAAAAUGGAUAGUCACUCAUUUGUAUAUUUUAAAAUCCUUUUAUACAAGCUACCAUACUCCGUCUACUAAUUGUAUUGGACAUGUAGGAUUUGUACACUAAGCCUAAAACUAAUUUUUUUUUUUUUCCUGUCUCUUUUUUUUCUUCUUUUAAGUGAGCAUCACGUGUAACCAUGAUUCUUCAACGCUUGUUUAGUUUCUCAUCUGUGUUACGGAGCGCAGUCUCGAUCCAUCUACGUAGGAAUAUUGGAUUGACGGCUGUUGCAUUCAACAAGACCAGAGAGCUAGAUCCUGUCCAAAAGCUGUUUGUGGAUAAGAUUCGGGAAUACAACACUAAGAGCCAGUAUGUAUAAUAACAUUAAUCUGCCAGUAAAAAAAUGUUUUUCUCAUUUAUAUUGACAGUGCCAAAGGGUUGUUCUUCCAACUAAUGGACAGGUGACCUCCAACUAGUAUACAUGUCCCAUCGCUGCAUCCUAUAAAUACCUCAAUUUAGCCACCGUUCCUCAGUUCUUAUCUUGUUGACAGGUAUCCAAGGGGGAAAAAAAGAGCGUUUUAUCUCUGUAUGCACCAUGCUAGCCUGGUGUCUAAUACUUCACUUGGUAGGUGGCCAGGAGUCAGAAUUGCAGAAGGAGCAUCAAAUAACUCUGUUUUCCAUGGAGCAGUUGGUGCUUUUCAACUCUUCAAAUUCUGGCCCAGGAGGUGGAAAUUAGUUCAGCGAGCAGGGAGCUUGUGCACAGCCAGAACAACGCAUUCUUCACCUCCUCUCUGUUGUACUCCGAUGCAUGCGCAAAUGUAGACAAUUUUGACGACAAAAUUUGAGCUGGGCCAAGUUAUUUAAUGGCUGCUUGGCCUGUCUGACCACAGGGUGAAUGUCAGCUCAGCAAAAACAGUGUCCACCAGCCAUCCUACAUAGUCUGGAGUCUUUAAUGUGAGAGGAAUAUAUAUACCUGCAACUUAAGAGACGUUGUGGUAAAAAUAUUUGCUUAAUUAGUUUUUAUAGCUGAUAUAGGUGUACCCCUCCUUUCUAAAUAAAUGAAAACAACAAAACUUUACAACAGAUGUUAGAAGCAGCACUACAGAAAAUCUCUGCACCUGCCUGUGCAAACGUGACCAAUUUCAUCAUCAGAGAUCUCGCCUGGAGAAUGUUCAGGAAGCACAGUUGACAGAAUAUUCCAGUAGGGAUUUAGAGUUGGAAACCUACACAUACAGAAGUACCUCUAUGUAUCUACUGAACCGAAUUACCCAAAUACAUAUGGCUAAAUCAAUAUAAAUGUAUCAAAUUCUUAAAUAAGAAUUUUGUGUUAAAGAGACAUUCUUACCUUGCAGCAGAUUUUAGGAUAAUUAAACACUGUCAAAGGUUCACCAACGCAGGAAUCAUCCACCCGAUGAAAUCCUAAUUUUAUAGCCACCUUAAGCACCGCCACAUUUAACUGACCUUUUUACAUGCUACUGGCGCUUUAAGGGACACUUGCGCAUUCACUCCCGAAAGACGCCAGUCCUCCUCCUUCUAGAAUUUGCCGAACACACAGGAAAGAGAGCUGAGCUUGGUAAGUAAAGGAAAGACCGUACUUGUAAACACAAAUUCACCCCAAUACCUACCGAUAAACAGGACAGUCCAGCAGAUGUUGGGGGGAAAAGGAGAAGAAAAAUUGAUUCUUUUGGUCAAUCCUUUAGUAAUGAGAACACAAAUUGGAAGGGUUCCAGCCUCAGGGCUUAGCAGGGGAAUACAAAAAGCCCUUACCUAUAUAAGCACAUAGAUCAAAUGUAGGGAAACAGAGUGAGGGAAAACCAAAUAAGGGGGCUUCCUUACCACCUCUAGCUUUUGAUAAUCCGGAGAGAUUUCUUCAAUUACUAUAUCCUAAAAUAGUAAUCAUAACCAAGGGAGUUCCAAACGGCUUGAGAUGUAUCUGGGUUCUUCCUUGGGGAGAGAGGCUGAACUCCCAAGGGGGCCAUAUUGAAAAACUUAUGGCAGGCGAGCUUUAAAAGAAAAAUAUCUUUAGCUGCCUAACAGCUGGAGGACAGGAAAAAAGAUUGCCAGUAUAGGGGAGGAGGGUCCUUAUAUAUGUUAUUGCAAAGUUUAUUAUUCCUGUCCUAUGAGCCGAGAGGGAGGAGCUUAACCCAUUGGUGAUGCUGACCUGGAUUAAACAGGAAACAGGAUUUACAGUUUCUUAAAGGGACACUGCAGACACCCAGACCACUUCAGCUCAUUGAAGUGGCCUGGGUGCUGUCUCCCAUUUGCACAUAGUGCUGCAAUGUAAAACAUUUACAUUGCAGCUCUGAGGCUGUCUGCCAGAAAGCCACUGGGGGCGCUUCCAGAAUCCAAACGGACUUUUUUGGUCCGUUAUCGGACUAUGGACUUCCUCACGGACCUCCAGCAUCAGAUUUUCCCAAUAGGAAAGCAUUGAAUAAUGCUUUCGUAUGGUGAGGUAUAAUGCGCGUGCGCCCAUUGCCGAGCAUGCGCAUUAGGUCUCCCCCGUCGGCUGACGUCGGUGGGGUAGGAGAGUGGGCUGAGCCUGACCCAGCGCCGAGGAAGAUUGGCGCUGGAUUCGGGUAAGUGGCUGAAGGGGUUUUAAUCCCUUCAGCACCAUGGGAGGGGGGUCGCGAGGGAGGGGUUUGUUUUCCUGCCACUAUAGGAUCCCUUUAAAUUAGCAGAAUUAUAAGAGAUGUUUGCAAAACUAUGGAGGAUUCCGAAAAACAGGACUGGAAAAGGUUUGCAAUUCCUGGAAAAGUUCCAGGGUCUUAUGAACGGCUAGUGGGACCCAUCCAGAAUAUAAUAGCCUUCGUUUAUAAUACAUUUAAAUGUAAAAUUGCAGAAUUCUGAUGCAUGUGAGGAUCAUCUGCCAAUGGUUGAUGUCCCAAUUCCUCAAUUAUCCAAAAACAACCACUUAUUUUAGAGAAGUUACAGGCUCAAAUAUAUCCGAUGGACAAGAGGGAUGAUACCUUCUGUAGAAGAAUGUUCCAUUUGUCUGCAUAUCAGAGCAAAGCUUUGAACACUGGAGCCACAGUUAAUGGGGCUUAGCAUUUGACUACAAGAGCUGGAAGAUUGGCUGGGAAACUGGACUGUGGGUGUUGAUUUGUUAAGAAACAUUAGAAUGGCUUAUGAAUUCUUGUCAGAAAUACCUUCAGAAGCUUUAAAGCUUUCUGACUGAAAUAUGGGCUCAUAUCGUUGGUCAGCUAAUUCAGCAUCUAAAAGUUCCAUUUGAAAAUGAGAAAUUAUUCAGAUCUGUACUUGAAGCUCUAAAACAGAUGUCUGAUACCUAGGAGAACCUUCUACAAGACAGAAACCUAGAUGGAGUAGGAAACCUUUCUAUCAUGAUUGGAGAUGACAAUACCCAUACAAAGAGGAGAACUUUAGUUCCUUUCAGAGACGAUAUAGACCAGAUUGAAAGAUAAAACAACAACAUUUAGAGGUUUAAAAAAAAGAACAUUUUGAUGGUUUUUUUUUUUUUUUUUUUUCAACAAUGGUCUAGAACCCCAGCAAAGAGCUGGAUAAAAAGUACCAUCAAAAACUGAUAUAUUUAAUAAAGUUUUUUUUGGUUUUUUUUUGGAAAACUUUUAUUGAGGGUUUUUUUUUUAGUUCAAAGGAAUUCAAUACAUACAUUUUCGUGGACGUUUAGGUCCUAUUUUCGGUGAAACACGGUUUACAAAUGAGUGCAUUAUUCUAUACAAUCAUAAUCUUGCCAUGGUUUAUGUCAAGAUACAGGGAGUGCAGAAUUAUUAGGCAAGUUGUAUUUUUGAGGAUUAAUUUUAUUAUUGAACAACAACCAUGUUCUCAAUGAACCCAAAAAACUCAUUAAUAUCAAAGCUGAAUAUUUUUGGAAGUAGUUUUUAGUUUGUUUUUAGUUUUAGCUAUGUUAGGGGGAUAUCUGUGUGUGUAGGUGACUAUUACUGUGCAUAAUUAUUAGGCAACUUAACAAAAACAAAUAUAUACCCAUUUCAAUUAUUUAUUAUUACCAGUGAAACCAAUAUAACAUCUCAACAUUCACAAAUAUACAUUUCUGACAUUCAAAAACAAAACAAAAACAAAUCAGUGACCAAUAUAGCCACCUUUCUUUGCAAGGACACUCAAAAGCCUGCCAUCCAUGGAUUCUGUCAGUGUUUUGAUCUGUUCACCAUCAACAUUGCGUGCAGCAGCAACCACAGCCUCCCAGACACUGUUCAGAAAGGUGUACUGUUUUCCCUCCUUGUAAAUCUCACAUUUGAUGAUGGACCACAGGUUCUCAAUGGGGUUCAGAUCAGGUGAACAAGGAGGCCAUGUCAUUAGAUUUUCUUCUUUUAUACCCUUUCUUGCCAGCCACGCUGUGGAGUACUUGGACGCGUGUGAUGGAGCAUUGUCCUGCAUGAAAAUCAUGUUUUCUUGAAGGAUGCAGACUUCUUCCUGUACCACUGCUUGAAGAAGGUGUCUUCCAGGAACUGGCAGUAGGACUGGGAGUUGAGCUUGACUCCAUCCUCAACCCGAAAAGGCCCCACAAGCUCAUCUUUGAUGAUACCAGCCCAAACCAGUACUCCACCUCCACCUUGCUGGCGUCUGAGUCGGACUGGAGCUCUCUGCCCUUUACCAAUCCAGCCACGGGCCCAUCCAUCUGGCCCAUCAAGACUCACUCUCAUUUCAUCAGUCCAUAAAACCUAGAAAAAUCAGUCUUGAGAUAUUUCUUGGCCCAGUCUUGACGUUUCAGCUUGUGUGUCUUGUUCAGUGGUGGUUGUCUUUCAGCCUUUCUUACCUUGGCCAUGUCUCUGAGUAUUGCACACCUUGUGCUUUUGGGCACUCCAGUGAUGUUGCAGCUCUGAAAUAUGGCUAAACUGGUGGCAAGUGGCAUCGUGGCAGCUGCACGCUUGACUUUUCUCAGUUCAUGGGCAGUUAUUUUGCGCCUUGUUUUUUCCACACGCUUCUUGCGACCCUGUUGACUAUUUUGAAUGAAACGCUUGAUUGUUCGAUGAUCACGCUUCAGAAGCUUUGCAAUUUUAAGAGUGCUGCAUCCCUCUGCAAGAUAUCUCACUAUUUUUGACUUUUCUGAGCCUGUCAAGUCCUUCUUUUGACCCAUUUUACCAAAGGAAAGGAAGUUGCCUAAUAAUUAUGCACACCUGAUAUAGGGUGUUGAUGUCAUUAGACCACACCCUUCUCAUUACAGAGAUGCACAUCACCUAAUAUGCUUAAUUGGUAGUAGGCUUUCGAGCCUAUACAGCUUGGAGUAAGACAACAUGCAUAAAGAGGAUGAUGUGGUCAAAAUACUCAUUUGCCUAAUAAUUCUGCACUCCCUGUAGGUGGUGUGUACCUAUGCAUUCAAUAUUCCAUAUUACAGUUGUCGGGUUUCAGGCGGGAGCUGUGUGCCAUCGGGUUGCUACUUAUCGUUACCCUUGUCUGUGUUGGUCGUCAGGUGUGGCCUCUGUUAAGGCGCUGGUUAUACAUUAUAUGGUUAGCAGUCAAUGUGUAUCAGUAGGUUGUUACGGUUACCUGAUGAUACCUUUUAUGUGUGUGCUAUGCAUAGCUUAUCAGCUUUUGUUGGCCACUGGUUAAUGCUGUCAGAGUUUGUGUUGGUCUUUUCAGUUGUGAGCCUGUCGCACAUAUCUGGCAAAGGUCUUUGUGUGUAGUUUUGGUUAGAUAAAUUGUAUGUCCGUCCACCUAUCUAUGGGCCGGGAUUUUCCGGCUCAUCUAUUAAUAUUUAAUAAAGUUCAUGCUUACACCUUCACAACAAUUCCUUUGUUCACAAACUAGAAAUUUACUUCUACCAUAGCACGAUCGAUUGCACAAGCCAUAGUCAUUGCAUACAGCGCUAACAGUGAACCCUUCCAGAGAGGUUUACUGACUUUUAACAGUGGGAUGUUGCCGAUAUAUUUCUUGCACUGUAGUUUAUAUGGUAUGCUGUAGUAGUCAUGGUAGUUUGGUCCUUUUAAUAUAAUUUUAUAUACUUGUCAAUGUUUUAUUUCACUUCUGAAAUGCUGGAUAUAUUGCAUUACUAAACAUGUUAACAAGAUUUUUCUUUUUUAAAAACUAGCUGUGAACAAAUAUUUAUUUACUUUGUUUUUCCUUAUUUUAAAGGAAACUCGGUGGCCCUGUUGAUGCCGGUGCUGAAUAUCAGAAAGAUCUGAGUGAAGAUAUCGGCAAACUUAAUAGGCUAUUCGGUGGAGGGGACAUGUCCAAAUUCCCAGAUUUCAAGUUUGAAGGCAAGUUCUGUUACCUAAAACUGACAAAUAAAAUCAUAUUAUCAAUUUAGUGUUUCAGCUGUACCAAGUUGGGUACAUUUUGUUUUCUAUUUAAAACUUUUUAACCUUUUAUAGCAUAUCUUUCACAGUAGGGUGGAGAGAAGUGACUGGGCAUUAUUAUUAUUAUUAUUAUUAUUAUUACAAAAUUACAACAUAUAUCAUAGUGCUGUAUUAAUGAAUAUAGAAGAACUCUACACUACAAAGUGAUAAAACAAAACGGUUUCGAGGAGAGUCCUGCUCAAAUGAGCUUACCUUAAUGAAUUGAUCUGAAACCCUUAGGAAAGUGUUUUAACAAUCAGACGUGUGUGUGUUCGUUGCUUUUUUUCCUACAGUUAAUAGUUUAUUUCAGAUAAUGGCUCGUUUUUUAAUCCAUAGGCAAACCAGGCUAAAAAAAUAGCUCAUGCGUAUCAAAAAAGGCAGUAUCUUAGGAGAGGGGCCUGAUGUAGUGGUUAUUCUGCCAUGGUGCAGUAGCAGUAUUUUAUUUUUCUUUGUUUUCUCUCUACCAUGCUACUAAAACAGAUUUUCUAACUAGCAUUAUCUGUUCAUGAAUAAUCUGACCACUUGCACAAAUUUACAAAUAUCUUAAGACUUUUUCCUGCUUUACCUGUAUGGAGGAGAUUAUGGGUCUUUUUCAAAUAAUACAAAAAUUUAAAUUUUUUUUUUUCUUCAAGAAAUCUAUACACAGGUUUAUAAGUGAUUAGACUACUUAUAUUUGGUUCCCCCUGGUAUCAUAACCAUCAUAUAACUAAAUUGGGUAUGGUUCUUGGAGUGUUGCUUUAAAGGCAAUGUUGACUCCGUGAACAGAAUACAUGUUUUAAUGUUUGUUUUAUCUUCUUUCAGAACCUAAAUUUGAGGAAUCUUCAAAGUAACUGCUUCUGGCCUGUAAGAAGAAAUGUUUCUUGUACUUCUGUUGCAUUGCCCACUCCGAUAAUUUAAUAAAACAUCUUGCUGAUCCAUUUGCAGUUUUUGUUGUUUGUCUGUACAAUAAAGGUUACCUUUACUGAUAUUUAUCUUCAUACGUUAACAUUUCUAUAUACGUCAUUGUA